AUGGGUGCCGCAACACUAACAAAAACUGCUUUGAUGGGUGCCGCAUCACCAACAAAAACUGCUUUGAUGGGUGCAGCAACACCAACAAAAACUGCUUUGAUGGGUGCCGCAACACCAACGAAAACUGCUUUGAUGGGUGCUGCAACACCAACGAAAACUGCUUUGAUGGGUGCCGCAACACCAACGAAAACUGUAGCCUUUAACACACACAAAAAACAAAAAAAAACGAAAACUUUAACUAACAAUACGAUGUAUGACAUUGAUAUAGGCAACAUGGCCGCCAUCCCUCCUCUCUUCACCGUUCAUGACAAUAUGGUCAUUUGUGGCACUAACAAUGCAACCCUAUUCCAAGGACGUACGCAAGCUGAGAGAAUUGCUUAUGAAAUAUUCUCUGAUGAUUUUCACACUACAAUGGAUGUAUCCAUUGACGAACUUAACGACGAACUCAAAACGCUUGCAGGAAUGACUGCUGCACAAGGGCAAAUUCGAUUGAUGCCUGGCAUCAAGAAAAAUAUUCGCGCCUUCAUUCAAUGGUGCAGGGACGAAUUCCGCAUGGGACGGGACCCAGCGACAGUACAAUUUCCAGUCAUUGAUGCAGCCCAACUCCUUCGACGCAUGAAAACACACGAGCAAUAUGUGUAUGGCUCCAAGUUGAUGUCACAACAAGCACUACCCCAAGACUUCACCAACGACGUCACAUGGGAGGAUUGGCACCCCACGUUUGUGAACUACCUCCGUACCAUGCCAGGACGAGACGGAGUCCCGCUCCAAUAUGUGGUCCGAACCAACGAAGCGUCAGUUCCGACAUACCACAAAGACUUCCUAGAGAUGUACAUCCAAAUGGCACCACUCAACGGCGAAGCCUUCACGAUGGACAACGCCAAAGUUUUAGUCCUCUUGCGAAAAUUCAUCGUGGGCAAUACCCAGGCCGAGGCGACACUACGAGCCAUUAAUGUUGAAGGCAAAGGAAGAGAUGCAUUUAUCGCCCUACGCACCCACUACGAAGGAGAAGGACUCCUAGCCCACGACAUCGUCGAGGCCGAAAACACAAUCAAGAACCUAUACUACGUGGGAGAAAAGCCUACAAUGAACUGGGCCAUGUUUGAACGCAUGCUGAAGAAAGCAUACGCAGCAUCCGACAAACAUGAGGGGAGAGUAGUACAUUCGGAGGCAAUGAAACUACGUAACCUGCAAACCAAGGUUACUGCAUCGUUCCUACAACUGAACAAGACGGCAAUUGACACGGAAAUUGGCAAACGGCCGAUGGUGAUGAAUUUCACGACGGCACUACAAAUCUACCGAACUGCAGUGAGGGAAAAGUUUCCCCAAGGAGCCAACAAUGCUACUGACAGGGGACGACACUUGGGUGAGGCUCGAGCUAGUAACGAUAGGAACAGGCGAAACGACGACAGGAGCAGGAGCCGAAACGGAGGAGGGAGAAACAGACACAGAGAUGAAGAAGAGAUUACCCUGAGCAAUGGGGAGAAGAUCUGGUACCACCCCAGUUACCACUUCCCCCGUGAUCAGCUACGGGCAAUGACUGAUUCCCAACGAGAACGCAUGUCAAACGAAAGGGCUGCACAUCUUGCACGCCAAGGAAUGCCGGCAAGACAAACGCGACAGGACACCACGGCAACACAACUGUCUGAGUUAAGAGCAGAGAUAGCGUCACUCAGAUCAAACAACGUCCCUGGGGCUGUUGAAACGGGAGAAUCAGCUACACGUAUAUCACAGGUGACAAUGGGGACUGGUGGAACUUCCGUAAUGGGCGGACGCAACCAACAAGCGAGCGGGCGCAACCAACAAGCAGAUGGAUCGCCACCAUGA